AUUUGCCUUGCAGUAUGGGCGGAUAAAGAACCGCCUUUCAUUUUUCGAAGUGCAGCUUGCAUGAGACAAGCGACAGAUUGUCGAUAGAAGCAUAAUGGCGACUACAAUGCCUCAAGCACAAGCCCAGCAACCUCCUCCCCAUUUCCCUCCCCCGCCGGGUGCUCCGCCUUCUACACUAUACCAGCCGAAUGCGCAACGAUCGCCGUCUUUUCCACCGCCAUCGUUCAGCUACCCUCCUCCUCCUCGCGCGCAGACGUCUUCUUCACUCUCCGAGAAGACGAGUAUUGCAGGCGCCUAUGCAGCGAACGUCGGGAUAAACAAUGCGCCUCAGGCAGCGCCCAGCUAUACAGCACAGCCGGAAACACCGUCCUCGGAGCCACCCCCGAGCGUCGUAGAGACAGAGAGAGCCGCCGGCGGCCCUCUUCAUCUCAACCAGCUCCUAAGCUCUUCCACUGCGGACGAAGUCGGCACAUUCAACGGCGGAAGCUACCGAAUCAGCCACCGGGACACGAACUCUGUACUCACCUUGCAGCUGGCCAUGGGAUGCCCCAUCGAGGCAAGACCAGGGGCCAUGAUCGCGAUGUCCGAACUCGUAACACUUAGGGGCAGUAUGCGCUUCUCUCUGAAAAAAGUCCUCGCGGGCGGCAAACUUUCCCUGUCCACGUAUACCGGCCCCGGCGAGGUCCUCCUUGCCCCGUCCACGCUGGGCGAUAUCAUGGUCCUCCGGCUCGCCGGCUCCGACUCGUGGAAAUGCGGCCGCGACGUUUUCCUGGCUUCCACGAGCGGCAUCAAGAAAGAAUACCAGACCCAGUCGCUCACCAAGGGCAUGUUCUCCGGUGAAGGGUUCUUCAUCUACAAGAUGGAAGGCGUGGGCCUCAUCUGGAUUCAGAGCUUCGGGGCUAUUAUCCAGAAGGAUAUCCCCGAAGGCGAAUCCUACCUAGUCGACAACGGCCACCUGGUAGCCUGGAACUGCAAGUACAAGAUCGAGCGCGUCGCGUCGGGAGGCAUCAUCUCCGGCCUGGCGGCCGGCGAGGGUCUGGCGUGUCGGUUCGCCGGGCCUGGGACGGUGUACUUGCAGACCAGAAAUGUCAACGCGUUUGCGGCGCAGAUCGGUGCCAGCACCGCUAGUGGAUGAUCCUGGCUGGCUGGCUAGCAGGGCGUUUGAUCGUGCAGUGUAUCCGUUAUGUGUGCCGCCCCGUUUCUUCUUUCCCUACUACUUCCUUCGGAGGUAGUUGUUGCAUGUCUUCUUUCAUUUUGAUACCUAUCUUGACCGAAUCAUUUGAGCGUGUUUGGCUUGGCUUGACAAUUGGGAAUUUGCCAAAGUGUGACAAUAUACUUGCAUUGUACUGAUUUUCCUUCCCAUGAGAUAACGCAUAAUGCCCAAGUUCUUCGGUAGCUACGAGUAGAGUAAUACUGCCAAAAGUAGUUCUCGUGAGAAGAGCAUACCAAGUCCAUUCACCUACCAUUCCAUGCUAGCUAGUCAUGCCAUGCUGAAAAAAACC